AUGUGUUUUCUCUCUAACAUAACUUCAUGGCCGCCUCUCGGCCAGAUAACGUUUAUGAAACGGAAAAGGGGAGCAGCAGGUGAUGUUGGCCUCGAAAAUAAUUUGAGGUUUACAGUUGUGCUUGAAUCAACUCGUCAGAUUCCAGAGGAACCCUGCGAAGUUGCGAUCUGGCACAAUAUCUCGAGUGACGUAUGGGCAGAACUUGAACUGAAGAGCUCUCCUGCCUCUCAGCCCAUGGUAAUAAAUAAAGAAAUAUCAGAUAAAUGCUUCCGACAAGCAUUUGUUGCCGAAAUACCGUUUCCUACAGAUGGGAAAUAUGCAGAGUUUACUCUUAAAUAUCGAACGGGAACAGAUGGCACAUGGCAAUGGGUCAAUGAAACAUUUGAAUCUAAGAAUGGGGAGAUUAUUAUCGAACCACUGGAACCUUUAUCGAGUGAAAACCCGCGCUCCCUGCAAGACUAUCUGCAUUCGAUGAAUGAUAAUCUUGAUGUUAAACCUGGGAGGAGUGAUGCAGCAGGUGCUUUGCUUUGGAAUAUCAGUGGACAUAUUGAGCCGGCUAUCAGCGAAGAGAGCAAGUCUUCUAAACUUCUGCUCGGUACUCCAAGGGAAUAUGUUCGGACAUUUUCUCUCAUCCGAGCUUCGUCCUCAUGGCUGGCGCCACGGCACGGGACGACGGACUACAGUUUGAAAGAGGACGCUCUGGUCUCAUCUUUCGUAUACAAAGACGGCGUUGUGUUGGUUUUGGUCUCUGUGAGCGGCCUUAAUAGUGUUCUGACUGUCUUCCAAUCAGGUAAAGAGGGUGAAGUUAUCAUAAGCUCACUAAAUGAUAACAACUGCGCGGCAAAAAUUGAGGCGGUAGCCGCAAUUGCUAGUUCGUUUGAGAUCGCCAUGGCAGCAGCAAUAUAUGAAGCUCGAAAGAAAUCACAAGGCUAUUCAGUGACUUCACAGCAUAUACAAUCAACUGACCAAUGUCAACAACCAAUUCAAAAAAUGGUAGACAAUGGGCCAAGGCCACAAUGGCAAGCAGAAUGGUAUGAUGGAUUGUCAUACUGCACAUGGAAUUCACUCGGUCGUAAUUUGACUGAGGAGAGUAUUUUAAAUACCCUUCGGUCUCUCAAGGAAAAUGAUAUCCAAAUUUCUAGUCUUAUCAUUGACGACGGUUGGCAGUCUCUGGAUAACAAAGGCCAAUCGCAGUUUGAGAGGGGCAUGACACGUUUCGAAGCAAACCAGGAGGGAUUUCCACAUGGUCUACGCCAGACAAUUUCUAAGAUCCGUCAACAAAAUCAGGGGAUAAAGCACGUUGCUGUAUGGCACGCUCUUCUGGGUUACUGGGGUGGCAUUUCACCCGGCGGUGAAAUAGCGUCCAAGUAUAACACAAUAGAGGUCAAAAGAACUGAUAAAUUUGCCUCCAGCAACAUCAGAAUUAUCAGUCCAGACGACGUGCCUUUGUUUUAUAAUGACUUUUAUGAGUUUUUAUCGUCAGCAGGUGUGGAUUCAGUGAAGACAGACGUACAAUCCGCUUUGGAUACCUUCAGAGGUGCAAACGUUCGGCAGCGCUGUAUGGCAACGUACCAAGAUUCCUGGUCCAUAUCAAUGUUACGACAUUUUCAAGCGAGGGCCAUAUCCUGCAUGUCACAGGUGCCGCAAAUCAUAUUUCAUUCUCUUCUUCCCACCAACAAACCUCGGCUCGUCCUGAGAAAUUCGGAUGACUUCUUUCCAGACGUGGAAUCUUCUCAUACCUGGCAUACCUUUUGUAAUGCCCAUAACAGCUUGCUCACAAGAUAUCUCAACGUUAUUCCGGAUUGGGAUAUGUUUCAAACCUCCCAUUCCUAUGCAUCGUUCCAUGCAGCCGCUAGAUGCGUUUCAGGCGGCGUCAUUUAUAUAACAGAUGAGCCUGGAAAACAUGAUCUGGCUAUUAUUGACCAGAUGACUGCCCCAACAACGAGAGGGGAUACAGUGAUCCUCCGUCCUAGUGUUGUGGGAUACAGCAGGGACGUGUAUAAUAACUAUGACGAUGGGUAUCUGUUGAAAAUUGGAUCAUUCACUGGCUGGGCGAGAACUGGCAGCGGAAUCUUAGGCGUUUUUAAUAUUUCGUUGGAAGAUGCUUCCUCUCUCCUCCCUAUAUCCGAUUUUCCUGGAGUCCUGUCAAGCAAUGAAAACGAGUACGUCAUCCGCAGCCACACGUCGGGGAAUGUCACAAAGCCAAUGAGCCCAUCUGGUACACAUUCAACAGUCCUCGUGACCUUAAAACCAAAAGGGUGGGAUAUUCUCACUGUAUACCCCGUUUAUGCAUUCGAUAUUGCCAAAAAAAGGGAAUCGUCUGUCCAAGGAACGAACUCGCAAGUUAAGGUUGCUGUGCUAGGACUGCUUGAUAAAAUGACGGGAGCUGCGGCUAUAAUCAGCUCAGACAUAUCGAUAGUCCCAGACAAUGACCUUAGGUUUAAUGUUACUCUCAAGGCACUUGGUAGAUUGGGCCUAUGGAUUUCUGAUCUGGGAGAAAGGAGUAUCACAGAGAACUUCAUGGUAUUGCUCCAUGGACAGCCAAUACCGGUUGAAACAGUGCAAAAAGGGGUUGACCGCGGUGGUUACGUCCUAUCAAUUGAUAUUCUAACUGCUUGGAGGAAAAUGGGGUUGGACUCUAAAUGGAGUAAUGAAGUGGUUGUUCAGGUACUCAUGAUGUGA